CAUUAGUGUUCAUAGAGUGUUGAACUUUUAGUCUUUAUUCGAGUAGCAAUUUGUAACUUUACGUCUUCUUGCGAAUACUGAAACUAUUGAUUGGUUGAGUUCAUCGUUCUGGAAAGUUUUAUUGACUAGUGAUGACGUCGAAUGCUUUGUCACUCGACGAUCACUGAACCGUUGUGGGGGUGGGUUGACAAGAGAACUUUGAAAAUGGACCAAGGCAAGCUGUCCGACAUGAACAGCCACGACGGUUCAAACUUUUCGAAUAAAUUUUCUGCUCAUAAAGAUGUUGUUGAAGAUUUGCUUCGAAAAGAUACUGUUGGAUUGGUGACUUUUCAGGACUUUAGAGCAAGACGGGAGUAUUUAGAAAGGUGCGCCGUGGCAGAAGCAGCUUGUCAGAACGCUUCCAGAAGAGCAGAAGAGUUAGAAACUAAGAAAAAGAGAGUAAAACGAGCAAACUUAAGUCGUCUAUCGUUUGGAGAUAGUUUGGAAGACCAAGAAGAAAACUCAGUGGAGUUCGCCAAAAUAACACGUUUCGCUUCUUCCAAGAAAGCGAAUGGUGUUGGUUUUAAUACGUCAGGUCAAGAUAUUGUCAAGGAGCCCGAUGUAUUUUCCCCAAAGGAGGAAGGAUUCUUUGGAAAGCAAAACCGAAAAAUUGGUAUGGAUCCUGGUGUAGAUACGUCGUUCUUACCAGACAGAGACCGUGAACAAGAGGAACGUCUAGAAAGAGAGCGACUGAAACAACAAUGGCUUAGUGAACAAGAACGCGUAAAGAAUGAAGAGAUUGAUAUAAUAUAUAGCAUAUGGGAUGGUAGAGGUCAGCGCAAGUUGCUGUCUUGUAAGAAAGGUACAACUAUUGCCAAGUUUCUCAGCAUAGUUCAGCAGAAAGUUUCAACUCUUAAGCACUGUAAGGUUGAGGACUUGAUGUUCAUCAAAGAAGAUAUGAUUAUUCCCCAUCACUUGUCGUUUUAUGACCUUAUAAGCAUGAAAGCACGUGGGAAGAAUGGUUCUUUAUUUUGUUUUGAUGUGCACGAGGACAUAAGGAUUCGAAAUGAUGCUUCAGUAGAGAAGGAUGAUAGUCAUGCUGCCAAGGUUGUAGAACGGAGAUGGUACGAAAGGAAUAAACAUAUUUAUCCAGCGUCCAUGUGGGAAGUUUUCGAUGUAUCGAAGAACUAUGGUCGGGUUCAAAAAGAUUUCUUUGGUAAUUAAGGUGGAGUUAUUCAUCGUAUGAGAAAAAAACGAAUGAUCUACAAGUUGUUUGUAAUUAUCCUAAACGGAUAUUGAUUUUGGUGUGUUUCGUUUACAGAGUAUAGACCAGUUUUCGCACUUUAUUGUCCCGUAGUUGUUGUUUUUUGAAGUAUUCUUCUAUUUUUCUGACGUAGGACACGUCCUAUUUAUCUGUUUUUGUAUAUCGAGUGUCGUUUUAGUUGAUGGCAAGCCUUAGUUACUCAAGUAAUUGCCUUUGUAAUUCGUGAAAUUUUGUGUCUAAUAUUUGGAAAGUUGUUAAGUGAAUUCUUUUGAAAUAGUUAUAAAGUGAGUAGAACGAUA